AUGGAGCUUAUGACGCGGAUCUUGAUCAAUGGGCGAUUCCUUUCUGACAAGACGUCCGUGGGAACUGGAACGGGCUCGGCUGGUAUCAUCCUUGGUUGUAUCAUGGCGCCAGUCAUCACUUCACGAUUUGGCCGCAAGAUGGGUUUCAUGGCCUUGUCAUGUCUUAUGACCGUCGGUGUCAUCUUGGAGUCUAGUGCCCUUACGUCCUUCUGGCAGCUGGCCGUUGGGAGAAUCGUCGUUUACUCGGGUAUUGGAUUGGCUUCGAAUGUCGUUCCCACGUACUUAUCGCAAUGUUCGCUCCAGCGUGUUCGAGGCGCCUUUCUGUCGCUUUAUUCAUUCUUCACGUCGUUUGGCGUUUUCAUCGCAACCCUUGUUGAUCGUGAUCUGCUGCCAACUAUUCGUCCCAGUUGGCUAUCUACUCGCCUACCCGUCCCUCCCCGAGCCCCCCGAUAUCUUGUUUACCGGGGUAAAUUUGCCGAAGCAGAAGCGGUCAUGAAAAAGCUAUCCAAUCGCCCGGAGACGAUUUCGCAAGAGAUUGAAAUGCUGCGGGUUCAAAUCGACGAACAGCGAGAGCUCCAUAAAGCGACGACGGUCCUGGACUGUUUCAAAGGCACCAAUCUCCGACGAACGGUUGCGGCGAUGGGUGUUCAAAUCCUCCAACAAGCGCAAGGAGUGUCGUUCAUUCAAAAUUUCAUCGUCACGUUUAUGCAGCAGAUGGGAUUCCCAGACCCGCUCCAGACUAACGUCCUCGUCACCGGGUGUUCCUUUGUUUGCCAUUUCAUUACGUUCAUCACGUUCGACAAGCUGGGCCGCCGCAACUCCCUCUUCCUUGGCUCUGUCGGCCUCGCUGCUACCAUGCUGGGCACGGGAGGGGCUAUUGAAUCGAGUCCGAUGGUCGCCGAUCUUUCCUCGCAAGCAAAAGCGCCUGUGCCGCGUUGCUGA